AUGCAUUCCUCUCUUCUUCCCAUGCUGGCAGCGAUGCUGCUGAGUCCGGUCAGCGCAGCCGGAGUCAGCGGUACGGCCUUUGGAUUUGCUCAAGGAACGACCGGUGGUGGCAAUGCCUCACCACAAACCCCUUCAUCUCUUGAUGAGCUGAAGACCUGGAUCACUGACGAUGUGGCGCGUGUGAUCCUGAUUGACCGCGAGUGGGAUUUUACCAACACAGAAGGCCAUACCUCCGGCAAAUGCUGCAGCUCAGAUACCACCACGAAGUGCCCUGGUGGCACCUCCGCUGGUCAGGCCUGGAUUCAGGACAAGUGCGACGACGGCACCUGGGUCUCUUGCACCUACGACAACGCUGCCAAGAAACCAUUGGACGUGGGCAGCAACAAGAGCAUUGUUGGUGUGGGUAACAAGGGAGUUCUCAAAGGCAAGGGCUUGCGCCUUACUGGUGGUGCCAACAAUGUCAUCAUCCAGAACAUUCAUAUCACGGAUUUGAACCCUCAAUAUGUCUGGGGCGGCGAUGCUCUCACCCUGGAUGGUACCGAUAACUUCUCCCUUAUCGGUCGCCAGAUGAUCGUCAGCGGCUGGAACAAGGGUGGCCAUGUCACCAUCUCCAAUAAUGAGUUCGACGGUGUCACCGAAUGGUCGGCUGGCUGCAAUGGCAAGCACUACUGGUCUCUUCUUCUCCUGGGUCUGGAGGAUUGGUAUACCUUCUCUGGCAACUGGCUUCACGAUCUCUCUGGCCGUGCUCCACACAUGGGCACCGACCACGACGACUCCAAGAUCUACUUCCAUGGCGUCAACAACUACUUCCAGGAUAUUGACGGGCAUGCCUUUGAUGUUGACACCAACACUUGGGUACUUCUGGAGGGUAACUACUUCGACAACGUGAAGACCCCGAUGACCGAUACUUCCCUCAAGAGUGGUGCUCAGCUGUACACCACCAGCACUGUCAACGCCGCCAGCGGAUGCGUCUCACCUCUGGGCUACAUCUGCGAAUGGAACCGUAAUGGCGGCAGCACUGGUGCCUGGCCUGACCGCACUGAUGCUUCGGUCUUGACCGGAUUCUCCAACCUCAAGGAACAUCUUAUCAGCCACACUGGUGUCGCUGACGUGCCUACCAACGUCAAGGCCAACGCUGGCGUUGGCAAGCUGUGA